GACUCGGGGUGAUGAGCUCCACCCUCCCCUGAUUUAGACAGACAGCCCUGGGCAACCCUGGGGGCUCCUACCCCAGCAGUGCUCCUUGCCCUCACAACCACGCUCAGGUCCACUGAGACCACCAAACUCUAGGCUUAGAGAAGCUUGCUCAGGACUGCUGGGAGGAAAGGAAUAGGUUUAAAAGAGAAAUGGGAGUCGCAGGGGGAAAGGGAAAGCAGUGUUAACACAGGAUUUCCUAAGACCUUGUUGACUGGCCUGGCUGGAUUUCUUACCUCUCAGAGGCCCCAAUUGCUGUCCUCAAUUCUUCCUGUCUCGGGUCCCAACAACCACUCUCCCCCACCUCCAAAAGAAACUAGGUCCCACCAUGAUGGAAACAAAAGGCCCGUUUUUUUCAACAAUGUGUUUCAAGGUUCUAAAAACUUUCCAUGAGUGGGAAAUGUAAUCAUAGAUGUGAUCAAGAUACAUCUUUAGGAUAUAAAAUCUCACAGAACUAAUCAUGGUUAUAAAUUUUACUGCUCAAAUGUUCAGGAUCAUACUAACAAAAAUUAAAAGUCCAAUAGCAGUUGGAGCUUUGGCAACAGCUGUAGCUAUAAAUCUCAGCUCUGUGAUAACAGGGUAACUCAGCAAUUUAAAAUCGCUGUCGUUUAGGGAAAUAAAUGUGAUUACCAUGACAAAGAUGUGUCCCCCACCAGUGGACAGGAGCGCUGAUGGGGAAUGAAUUCCAAAGUUGUCUGAACCCUGAAGCACCCCCCAAAAUAUUCACUUCUGUGUUCAUUCAUGUUUGUUAAUUCACUCAUUCAUUCGACAAAUAUCUAUCUUGCCCUUGCUAAGUGCCAGGCACUGUUCCAGUCACCAGAUCAACAGGAUCGACAAGUCCAUGGCUUCCUGGAGCUGACAGUCAAAUGGGAAAGUCAGAUAUAAACAGAUAAACAAAGAGAUGUAUAAUAUAAUGUCCAUCAGUCUUAAGUGUAUGAGGAAAACACAGAACAGACUUAAGGGGCCUGAGAAUAAUAGGCUUGUCUGAGCCGGUGACAUUUCAGAAGAGGCCAAGAGAAAUGAGGGACUGAGCUACAUACCCCGACACCUGGGAGAAGGAGCUGCUGGUCAGAGGCAGGAAUGUGCCGUUCGUGGCCAAGGACAGGCCAGGAGUCCUGGCUGCUGCAGUCAGAAGGGAAGUGAUAGGAGAUGAGGUCAGAUGGUAGGCAUAGGGGUGUCUGGGUGCUCAGGCAUUCAAGCAUCUGGCUCUUGAUUUGUACUCAGGUCAUGACCUCAGGGUCGUGGAAUCGAACCCCACAUCAGUUCUACACUCAACCCGGGGUCUGCUGGAGAUAAUCUCAUCCUCUGCCCCUCCCCCAUGCGCACAUGCACACACUCUCUCUCUUUUUCUCUCUCUAAUAAAUAAAUUUAAAUCAUUUUUUAAAAAACGAGGAAUAAGAAGGUAGGCAGAAGCCAGAACAUAAGGUGCCAUGACGUCCUCACUGGGUAGGGACUGUGGCUGUUAUCCCAAGUGUGAUCAAAGUCACAUGGGUCACAAGAAGAGGGGAGACAUGAUCUAACUUACUGUUAAGAAGAUCACACUGGCUCCUGUGUGAAGAUAGGAUGUUGGGGUCAAGAGUGAAAGCAAGACAACGCUUAGGGAGGUUACUGUAAAGGUCCAUGCGGAGCACACAGUGGGUUGGGGGUGGGGGUGGAGUGGUUGUGUCAGUUUUGGGGGCGACAGGUGACUGGGUUUGGGAAAGAUGCCCAAGGUUGAGCAGAUGGAAUCUGCUUGUUGACUGGAAGUGAGGUGUGAAAGCAAAGGAGCAGUCAAGAAUGGCUCCAAGGUUUCUGACCCGCCUGCUAGCUGAUGGGCAACACCAGAGGAGAAGCAAGCUUCUGGGAGAAGAACAGGCAUUCUGUUUCAGAUGUAUCUGGUUUGAGACAUCCGUUGGGCAGCCUAGAGGAAAGGUCUGGUAUAAGUUGGGUAAACAAGCCUAGGACUCAGGAGCACAAAAGUCUUCCCUGGUAGCUGAUCUGGUUUCUAAUAUUUAGGUCUGCUAGAGACUCUGCUGUCACCACCACCCCCACCUCCCGGUGACUUCUCGUUACAGUAGGCAAAGCAAGGCAGUAACCCCAGCCCUGUCAGGGAAUCACAAGCAGCAGGAACUCACCCCUGCAUGUGCAGUGGUUACAUUCCACAAAACAGCAAGUGUUGCUUGGAGACCAGCUGCACAAGUUGGUAAACGGGGGUUGAAAAAUGCCCACAAGGCAGACUCUGUCACGGAGCAGCUCCCUCCCUGCACGGCGGGUAACCCCUUCUUCCACACAAGACAGGAUGCCCAGGAAGAGGGAAUGAGGAGAGAAAGACCAGAGCAGCGCCAUCUUUUCCGGGUUUGCAGGAUUCCUUGCCAUCCUCCUGACUACUGUGAUUUUCUACAGCCUGUGGAACUGGAGUAAAUGGAAGAAGUACCGUGAGUCCCUUGAUUGUCCCAAGUUGAGAUGCACAGGCAUCAAUCACACAGCCUGGCAUUCAAAGCCCCGUUUAUUCUUCCAGGAUAAGCUCUUACACUGGGAAAUACUCCGUUCUUCUCUGACACACUGGUCACUGUCUUACUCAUCUAAGCUGUGGCUCCAAAAGGCUCCAUGCUGACUGGAGUUCCAUUUUUGAAAGUUGUUGCCCUGGGACGCUCAUGCCCAACGCCCCACAUGCCCCCGUUUCUUCCUCCUGCUUCUGUGUACCAAGUCUUCUAGCUCAAAGCGACUUGGGACAAGCUCCUUACUUUCGAGUUACCGUCAUGCCCUUACUGUCUCUGUCUCGACCCAGACAAGGAGCUAAAAAUAUUUAUGACUCCUUACCCCAGAGGCGAGAAGAGCUGGGGAGACGUCAGUCAAGAAGUAACCGUAUUUUUAGUACUGAGAGCCUCCUGUCCAGAAAUUCCGAUAGCCCUCCUUCUGAGCCUGUGCCCUCCCAAGCAGGCAGUGGCCUCUGGCUGCACGGAGACCAUGUUCCUGCCAACGGCUAUGCAGUAGGCAUCUAUGACAAUGCCACAUGGCUCCAGAUGUGUGGGGACCUCACUCCCUCAGCAAACUAUGUCAAUAUCAGAACAACCAGAGACUGCCGGAGCAUUUCUUCAGAGGAUUCAAGAGAUUACAUCAAUGUCCCCACAGCAGAGGAGAUUGCUAAGGCUCUAGCUUCUACCAACAGCACCCCUGAGAACCUCUUUGCCCUCCCAAGUGCCCAGGAGCAGGAGCUAGAGCUUAUUGAGGAAAAAGACAAGGGCUAUGGGAAUGGCAGUGACCAUGCCAGUUUUCGGUCUCCAAGAUCCAAGAGUGAUGAUCCACUCAGUGAUGAAGAAGGCUCAUCUGAGACCUCGAAUGACUAUGUCAACAUGGCAGGGUUGAAUCUUGAGACCCUCCAGGGGAAGCAGCCACGGAUGGCUUUCCAGUGCUAUCGGGAUUAUGAAAAUGUCCCAUCAGCACUUAUCAAUAGAAACCAGCAGCAGGUGGAAGAAGAAGUGAUCCCCUCAAACCCAGACCACGUAGAAGGAAGGACGGAGAGUCCAGAUACCCACAUCCAAUUUGUCAUGCAAUCAGGGAGGGUUCUGGCUCUAGGGGAACCUGUGACCCGUCAGCCAUCUGCACAGAGUGAGAUUAGUCAGAUAGAACAUGGAGAAGAAAUGUCAAAUGACACUUCUAAUGACUAUGAGAAUGUGCUACCUGCCAAGUCCGGAGACAGGGACUCCAAGCACAGGCCACACACAUAGCUUCUUCCUGACAAAUUAGGACCCAGGCACCCAGCUGAAGAGUUCCGUGGAGUAGUCUAUCCUGCUGGAUCCAUAGCCUCUAAAGGGGCUGGUGUAGACCACUGACCAUCCUUGUAUUUCAGAGUUCUUUCAGGUAGACUACAAAGAGGCUGAGAUACACAGAAGCUAAGGGACUCACAAAAGCCAGCAUCUGGGAAAGCCAGAAAAGAAUUCUUCCCAAGCAGGGUGCUGGUAACUCUCAUACCAACCUAAGAAUGUUUGCUGAAACUGCCUUAUAGGAUGGUUACUAGAUUAAAAAUGAGAGUACUUUCAUGCACAGUAGAAACAUGAGGUGUCCAAAAUUGUUACCUUGGCAAAUACCAGCAGGACACAAAACAAGAAUACGGAUUAGUUUGUAAUCCUGGCAAAGGCCAAAAAGAAGGAAGAAGUCGGAGUUGGGGUGGGGUGGCAGUUUCCCGUUGAAAAAGAGUGUGGACAACAAAAUGCUAGAGAACAUGUGGACACCAGAGGGUCAUUCAUUGCAACUGUUUGACAGUUUCUUUUAAACCUGCAAUUACUAUACAGCCAACCCAUUCCACUCCUGAGUGUUUACCCAAGCGAACUGAAAACUUGUGUUCAUACAGAAGCCCAUAUAUGACUAUUUAUAGCAGCUUUAUUCACAAUUGCCAAAACUAGAAAUAAGCCAGAUGUCCUUCAACAGGUAAAUGGAAAAAUGAACUGUGGUAGAUCCAUGUAAUCCAUGUAAUAAAGUUAUCUAUACUCAGCAGGAAAAAGGAAUGAACUAUUGGUUUGUGCAACAACAUGGACAAAUCUUAAAUACAUUUUGCUGUGAAAGAAGCUAGACCUAAAAAUCUACACAUUGUAUGAUUCCACUCGUAUGACAUUCCGGAAAAGACAAAACUAUAGGGAUGGAAAACAGAUCAGUGGUUGCCAGGUUUAGGGAAAGGGAAGUUCACUCCAGAGGAAUUUUUAGGUUGCUGGGGUUCUUCCGUAUCAUAUUGUGGUGAUGGAUACAGGACUCGGUGCAUUUGUCAAAACACAAACUAUAUAGCACCACGAGUGGCUUUUACUGUAUGUAAAUUUUUUUAAUUAACCACGCUGUCAGGGGAAGCCAUGAUGGAAUGCAGAUUAAGACAAAUAAAGCUAACUAUAUUACAGAUGAAGGGGGUGGGAGGGAAAAGGAGCUGGUCUAAUUAACUUUGGGAAAUCAUGUUUUCACUUGAAACUGUAAGAUAGAGACACACAGAAAACUACACAAACACUGUACUCUAGUUGGUAAAUUCAUAUCUCAGAGGUAUAUAGGUUAGAAAUCUUGAAACUACUUUAAAUGUAUACUAAGAUUCAACAAAUAAGUAAGUAUAGAUAAGGAGGGGUAGGCUUCUCACUAUUUGAAAGGCUACAAUGGGGGCGCCUGGGUGGCUCAGUGGGCUAAGCCUCUGCCUUUGGCUCAGGUCAUAAUCCCGGGAUCCUGGGAU